CGUGGCUACACACACACAUACAAUGAAAGGGGAGGUUGAGUCUGAGGAGUCAGAUGAGCGUCUCGCACACUUAUGACAGGAUAUUGCAGCGGUACACGAAGAAAGAGAAAGAAAACGGAGAUGAUCUUGCGAUGCAUCAUACAGAAACCUAAAAAUGACAAUAACUGUAGCUGAAAUCGGGACGGUCACAAAGGUAGUCUAGCAGCGUCCAGUUGUAAAAUAGCUCUUUUUUUAAGAAAACGUGACCCGCGAUUAGCCUAAUUGCAGCGGUUUUGGCUCGCACAACGCUGAAUAUUCGUCCUUAGAGACACCAACCAACGUAUUUGACAGGUAGUUUUAAUUUAAAGGACAAACCUGGAACGAUUACAGAAUGGCGACACAGAACGACUGUUGUGUCAAGGUCUCAUUAAGGAUCCGCCCUCAGAUGGCGAAAGAGAAGAUCGAGGGGUGCCACAUCUGCACGCUGGUGACCCCCGGAGAGCCCCAGGUGCUGCUGGGAAAGGACAAGGCCUUCACCUACGACUUCGUGUUCGACCUGGAGGCGCAGCAGGAGCAGAUCUACUCCGCCUGCGUGGACCGGCUGAUCGAGGGCUGCUUCGAGGGCUACAACGCCACCGUGUUCGCCUACGGACAGACGGGCUCAGGGAAGACCUACACGAUGGGCACGGGCUUCGACGUGAACGUGACGGAGGAGGAGCAGGGCAUCAUCCCGCGGGCGGUGCGCCAGCUGUUCCGGGGCAUCGAGCGGCGGCGGGCGGAGGCACAGGGCGGGCGCGUUCAGCCCCCCGAAUUCAAAGUCAGCGCCCAGUUCCUGGAGCUCUACAAUGAGGAGAUCCUGGACCUGUUCGACAGCACGCGGGACCUGGACGCUCGGGGCAGGAAGUCCAACAUCAAGAUCCACGAGGACGCGGGCGGGAGCAUCUACACCUCGGGGGUCACCUCCAGGCUGGUCAGCUCUGAGGACGAGCUCCUGCAGUGUUUGAAGCUGGGGGCUCUCUCUCGCACCACCGCCAGCACCCAGAUGAACGCUCAGAGCUCCAGAUCUCACGCCAUCUUCACCAUCCACCUGUGCCAGAUGAGGGUGUGUCAGCAGGGAGACCUGGUGGCCGGGGAAGAGGAGGAGAUUAACGGGGUCUCCACCGGCUCCCUCUCCCAGCCCGAGUACGAAACGCUCACCGCCAAGUUUCACUUCGUGGACCUGGCGGGGUCGGAGCGGCUGAAACGCACGGGGGCCACAGGGGAGCGCGCCCGGGAGGGCAUCUCCAUCAACUGCGGCCUGCUGGCCCUGGGAAACGUCAUCAGCGCUCUGGGAGAUCAGAGUAAGAAGGGCGGCCAUGUUCCCUACAGGGACUCUAAGCUCACCCGCCUGCUGCAGGACUCGCUGGGCGGGAACAGCCGCACGGUGAUGAUCGCCUGCGUCAGCCCCUCGGACCGCGACUUCAUGGAGACGCUGAACACGCUGAAGUACGCCAACCGCGCGCGCAACAUCAAGAACAAGGUGGUGGUAAACCAGGACAAGACCAGCCAGCAGAUCAGCGCCCUGCGCGCCGAGAUCGCCCGGCUGCAGAUGGAGCUGAUGGAGUACAAAGCGGGCAAGCGUGUGGUAGGCGAGGACGGCGCGGAGGGCUUCAGCGAUCUCUUCCAGGAGAACUCCAUGCUGCAGAAGGAGAGCGACUCCCUCAGGAUGCGGGUGAAGGCCAUGCAGGAGACCAUCGACUGCCUCAACAGCAGAGUCACCCAGCUGCUGUCCAACGAGGUCAACGCGCUGCUGGCCAAGUCCGGUGACGGGAACGAGGAAAUCGGUUCUCUAAUACAGAACUACAUCAGAGAGGUGGAGGAGAUCAGGUCCAAGCUGCUGGAGAGUGAGGCGAUGAACGAGACUCUCCGCCGCAGCCUGUCCCGGCUCUCCGCCCGCUCCUCGUACCCCUCCUCCCAGGGCCCUGUCCUGGGACUCCCUCUAGGCUCCUCCCCCACCCUCUCCAUGGAGGCGGAGAUGAGUGAUGUGAUUCGCCGAGCCCGGCAGGACCUCGAGAGGCUCAAGCAGAAAGACUGGAAACAGAGGAGGAAGAGCCCGGAGAGAGAGAAGGGUCCCCAGAAGAGAGCCAAGCUGCAUGGCCGGGAGAACAGAGGGAUGAGAAUCAACGGAGAGAGCAGAGAGACGACAGAAAACGGAGAGAACAGAGAAAUGAGAGAAAACGGAGAGAACAAAGAAACACGAGCAAACGGGGGGAACAAAGAAAGGAGAGAAAAUGGGGAGAAUGGAGGGACGAGAGAAAACGGCGAGAACAGAGAAAGGAGAGGAAACGGGGGGAGCAGAGAGAAUGGAGAGGUUGUGAAUAAAGAGAAGAACGGGGAGGCUCCCUGGAGUGGCGGUAUCGCGGAGGAGGAUGAAGAGCAGGAGGAGAGUGGCUGUGAUGAGGACGAAGAGGAGGAGGAGGAGGAGGAGGGUGGGGAGGAUGAAGAGUUUGAGAGUGAUGAGAGCUUGGCUGACUCAGAUUCGGACUCUGAUGAGAAAGCAGCGGAUUUCCAGGCGGAUCUGGCGGACCUGACCUGCGAGAUCGAGAUCAAGCAGAAGCUGAUCGACGAGCUGGAGAACAGCCAGCGGCGGCUGACCAUGCUGAAGCUGCAGUACGAGGAGAAGCUGAUCCUGCUCCAGAACAAGAUCCGCGACACGCAGCAGGAGCGGGACCGCGUGCUGCACAACCUCAUGUCCAUGGAGAACUACACGGAGGAGAAGGCGAACCGGAUCCGCUCGGACUACGAGAGGCGGCUGCGGGAGAUGAACCGGGACCUGCUGAAGCUGCAGGCGGCGCAGAAGGAGCACGCGCGCCUGCUGAAGAACCAGAGCCGCUACGAGCGCGAGCUCCGCAAGCUGCAGGCCGAGGUGGCCGAGAUGAAGAAGGCCAAGGUGGCGCUGAUGAAACAGAUGAAGGAGGAGCAGCAGAGGCGGCGUAUGGUGGAGGCCAAGAGGAACCGUGAAAUCGCCCAGCUGAAGAAAGAGCAGAGGCGCCAAGAGUACCAGAUCCGGUCUCUGGAGUCGCAGAAGCGGCAGCAGGAGCUGGUCCUGCGCAGGCGGACCCAGGAGGUGACGGCGCUCCGGCGGAUGGCGAGGCCGAUGUCGGAGCGCGUGGCGGGCAGGGUGACCCGCCGGGGGGCGGCGCCGCUGGACUCGGGGGCGGAGCUCUCGGGCAGCACCGCCUCCUCCGAGCCCGACGCGGCCCGGUCCGUCUCCAGCAUCGUGCGCCAGUGGAACACCAAGAUCAACGGCUACCAUGGAGACGGCGAGAGCCCGGUCAGCGUCAACGGAGUGCGCAACCCUGGCAGGAGGAAGGUCCUGAGGAAGGGCGUGGGGGCGGGGCUGGGGGCGGGGCACUCCCGGUCCGCCCGGCAGAAGUGGCAGGCGCUGGAGAGGAGGAUCAUGGACAUCGUCAUGCAGAGGAUGACCAUCACCAGCGUGGAGGCCGACAUGGACCGGCUCAUCAAGAAACGCGAGGAGCUCUCCGUCCAGCAGGAGGUGCUGCAGCGCAAGCGGGAGAAGCUGCUGGCGGAGGCGUCCGAGGAGGAGGAGGAGGAGGAGCCGCAGCGCCUCCUGCAGGAGGUGAACGAGGAGAUCGAGGUGCUCAACGCCAACAUCGACUACAUCAACGACAGCCUGUCUGACUGCCAGGCCACCAUCGUCCAGAUCGAGGAGACCAAGGAUGAGCUGGACUCGGUGGACACCUCUGUGGUCAUCAGCUCCUGCUCCCUGGCGGAAGCACGCCACCUGCUGGACCACUUCCUGAAGGCCUCCAUCGACAAGGGACUGCAGGUGGCGCAGAAAGAGGCCCAGAUCCGGCUGCUGGAAGGCCAGCUGAGGCAGACGGACGUGAUUGGCUCCUCACACAAUCACGUGAUCCUGGACGCUCUCCGGGAGAAGGCGGAGUACAUCCCGGAGCUGCAGGCGCUCAUUCACAACGUCCAGCAGGAGAAUGGAUACGGCAGCACAGAUGAGGAGGCGUCUGAGUUCAGCCAGGCGUCGGAGGGCAGUCUGUCCCAGUCCUGCCAGAUGAAGGGCUCUGCCAGUCAGGAUGACUUCAAGCUGAAGGUGGAGCCGCGGCUGUCGGUGCAGAUGAAGGCGGUGUCGGCGGAGUACCUGGGCCCCGUCAUGGACGCCGCCACGCGGAACAUCACCAAGUCGCUGGCCUCGCUCACGGACAUCCACGAGGAGGGCCUGGGCCUGUCCCUGGCGGAGAGUCACUACAGGGAGCGCGUGUCCCGCACCAUCAGCCUGCCUGUCCGCGGGCACACCUUUCCCAGGCAAUCUCGCGCGUCAGACACGUCCCCUCUCACGCGGAGGAAGUCGUAUGACCGUGGGCAGCCUUACAGACCACCUGACGUGGUGGGGUACACUCCCCCCUCGUCCCCCCCUCUGCGGCCCCGAAACGACCGCAACGUGUUCUCCCGCCUUACCAGUCACCAAAGCCAGGGGUCAGCGUUGGACAAGUCGGAUGACAGCGACUCCUCUCUGUCGGAGGUGUUCAGGGGGGUGAUCAGCCCCAUGGGGGGGCUGAAGGGGGGCAGGACCGCCCCCCUGCAGUGUGUGUCUGUGGCAGAGGGACACUCCAAACCGGUGCUCUGUCUGGACGCCACCGAUGAGCUGCUCUUCACGGGAUCCAAAGACCGCACCUGUAAGAUGUGGAACCUGGUGACAGGGCAGGAGAUCAUCACGCUGAAGGGCCACCCCAACAACGUGGUGUCCGUCAAAUACUGCAGCGGCUCCUGCCUGGUGUUCACCGUCUCCACGUCCUACAUCAAAGUGUGGGACGUCCGCGAUUCGGCCAAGUGUGUGCGCACGCUGACGUCUUCGGGUCAGGUGGUCUCAGGGGACGCCUGUGCCGGAACCACGACCCGGACGAUCACCGUGGCCCAGGGGGAGUGCCAAAUCAACCAGAUCGCCCUCAACCCGGCCGGGACCGUGCUGUACGCUGCGGCCGGCAACACCGUCCGCACCUGGGACCUCAACAGGAUGCAGGCCAUGGGGAAGCUGACGGGCCACAUCGGGUCGGUGAUGUGCCUGACGGUGGGCCGCUCCACCCGGGGGAAGGACCAGGUCAUCACAGGGUCAAAGGACCACUAUGUCAAAGUCUUCGACGUGGCAGAGAGCAUGCUGGGUAAUAUAGGCCCUGCCCACAACUUCGAGCCCCCCCACUAUGACGGCAUCGAGUGCCUGGCCAUCCAGGGCGACGUGCUGUUCAGCGGCUCCAGGGACAACGGGAUCAAGAAAUGGGAUCUGGAGCAGCAGGAACUGAUCCAGCAAAUCCCCAACGCGCACAAGGACUGGGUGUGUGCCCUGGCCCACGUGCCGAACCGCCCCAUGCUGCUCAGCGGCUGCCGGGGGGGCAUGCUGAAGGUGUGGAACGUGGACAACUUCACCCCCAUCGGGGAGAUCCGGGGGCACGACAGCCCCAUCAACGCCAUCUGCACCAACUCCAAGCAGAUCUUCACCGCCUCCAGUGACUGCCGGGUGAAGCUGUGGAACUACGUGCCGGGACUCACGCCCUGUCUGCCGCGCCGCGUUCUGGCCAUCAAGGGCCGCGCCACCAGCCUCCCAUGAGCCUCUACUAACACUGCCCCCUCUGGCAACCUCCGCGACAUGUCGGUGAAGAUCUGGCUGUGGAAGAUGAGCAGGGAGAGGUGACAGUCUGAUUGGUCGGGGUUGUGGUUGCCACGCAGAGGGCCUUUUCCGGAAGGGCCCGCGCACAGCGACACUCGGGGAGCGGGGCGGCCGACAGCCCGAAUCCCGACUGGGAAUCUCUGGGCUGACGGACCGGACUACAGGAUUCCCGAAAGAUGGAAAGAUAAUCAGAGAGUCCUGCUAACCAUCCUAAGUCUCUCUACAACUUUGCUUUUUUCUGUUUUUUAUUCCUCAAAAAGAGCCUAGUUGCUCAGUUGCCGUUAUGUAUAGAGGAUCAAGUUUUUAAAACAAACCCAGUGGUGAAAAGAACGAGUGAAAAAGUUGGUUCAGUUCAGUUUUCUUCUCACUUUUCUUUAUAAGAGCUGAACUAUGGUGACUCGUGUUGGAGGCACUGCAUACAGCCGCAUACCCCUUCACCCUUCAGCAACAUUCCGGAAUAAUUCCAAUUCUGUUUUAAAAAGUAUCUUCAUGUGAGACAACGAAAAAACUGCCCUUUACAGAAAAGUGUCCUUCUGUACUGAGCCUGGGGUGUAUCUAUAAUCCUAAGACAUUUCUGGACAGAGCUGCUCGGUAAAUAGUA